AUGGGUACUCGAAAAAGUUCCUGUACACUCUUAUUUUUCUUCGCAAUUCUCACCCAUUUGCUUCUGAAUUCCCAUGCAAUUACCAACCCAAUAAAAACCGUGGUGGUUUUAGUAAUGGAGAAUCGCUCAUUCGACCACAUGCUUGGUUGGAUGAAGAAACUAAACCCAGAAAUAAAUGGCGUAACGGGGUCGGAGUCAACUCCAUUAUCGGUAACCGACCCGAAUUCCAAGCGAAUAUUCUUCAAGAAUCAAGCGCAGUAUGUUGACCCGGAUCCGGGUCACUCGUUCCAGGCAAUUAGGGAGCAGAUAUUCGGGUCGGAGGACACGUCAGCUAAUCCGGCUCCGAUGAAUGGAUUCGCUCAACAAGCUUAUUCCAUGGAUAAUACAACAACUAUGUCGCAGGAUGUGAUGAAUGGAUUUGAACCAGACAUGGUUUCGGUUUAUAAGACACUUGUGUCUGAGUUUGCUGUUUUUGAUAGGUGGUUUGCCUCCGUGCCAGCUUCAACUCAGCCUAAUCGACUCUACAUCCACUCAGCAACAUCCGGCGGCGCCACCAGCAACGUCGCGUCCUUGCUAGCCAAAGGCUAUCCACAGCAAACCAUUUUCGACAGUCUUCACGACAACGGUCACAACUUCGGAAUAUAUUACCAAGACCUUCCCGCAACACUGUUCUACCGAAACUUAAGGAAACUCAAGUACACAUUAAAAUUUCACCCAUACGACUUGUCGUUUAAGAAUGACGCUAAAAAUGGAAAGUUACCGAAUUAUGUUGUGGUGGAACAACGGUACACAGACACUAAGCUGUUUCCGGGAAAUGAUGAUCAUCCAUCGCACGAUGUUUAUCAAGGACAGAAGUUUGUGAAGGAGGUGUAUGAGACGCUGAGGGGUAGCCCGCAGUGGAACGAAACUCUGUUUUUGAUUACGUAUGAUGAACAUGGUGGGUUUUAUGAUCAUGUGGCUACGCCUGUUCGUGGGGUGCCUAGUCCUGAUGGAAUUGUGGGGCCUGAGCCAUUUAAUUUUACUUUUAAUAGGUUGGGAGUAAGGGUUCCUACUAUUGCUAUCUCACCUUGGAUUGAAAAGGGCACGGUUAUUCAUGGGCCAAACGGAUCACCAACUCCUACAUCAGAAUAUGAACACUCAUCCAUUUCCGCAACAGUUAAGAAAAUCUUCAAUUUGCCUAAUUUUCUUACCAAGAGAGAUCAAUGGGCUGGAACCUUUGAAGGUAUUGUUCAAACCAGGAAACAACCCAGGACUGAUUGCCCAGUGCAACUUCAAGCACCGGUAAAGUUAAGGAAAGGAGAAGCUAAUGAAGACGCGAAACUGAGUGAAUUUCAGCAGGAGUUGAUUCAACUAACAGCUGUUCUUAAAGGAGACAAUAUAUUCACUAGUUAUCCGAAUACAAUAGGGAAAGACAUGACUGUUAAGCAAGGAAAGAAUUACAUGGAUGAAUCGGUUAAAAGGUUCUUUGAAGCCAGUCGUUACGCUAAGAAAAUGGGAGCCAGUGAUGAACACAUUGUCAAGAUGAAGCCUUCUUUGACUACAAGAUCAUCCAAAUCUUCUAAAAACACAAAUCCAUAG